UUCUCAUGUGAAUAAACCUUUACAAUUGAGCCAAUAUCUUGUAUUUAUGUACACAACAUAAUAAUAAAAAUGGCUGCUCAAAAGUCGAGUUUAUCAAAUGAUUUUCCUGAAAGUAAAGAGGAUGAAUUUAAUGAAUUUUAUUCUGAAGUAAAAGAAAUAGAAAAACGUGACUCGGUUCUGACACCAAAACAACAAAUUGAUCGGUUAUUAAGACCUGGAUCAUCGUAUUUUAAUUUAAAUCCUUUUGAAGUUUUACAAAUCGAUCCCGGUACUUCAAUCGAUGAAAUUAAAAAGAAGUAUCGUCGUAUGUCAAUUCUCGUCCAUCCGGAUAAAAAUCAAGAUGAUGCAGACCGUGCUCAACAAGCAUUUGAAAUUGUUAACAAAGCAUGGAAAACAUUGGAAAAUGAAGAAACAAGAGCGAAGUGCAUGGAUGUUAUUGAAGAAGCAAAAGCUCGUACAGAUCACAUGAUAGCAGAGAAGAAGAAAAAAUUAAAGAAAGAAUUAAAAGAUAGUGGAGGCGGUAUUGUGAUGUUAGAAGAAGAAACUGAACAGGGUUAUAGACAUGCCAUUUGGGUUAUGACAAUGAAAUUAUUUGCAGAUAUGGAACGUAGAAGACGAGAGUUAGCAACAAGAGAUGCAGAGCAACGUAAGCGAAAGCGAGAAGAAGAAUUAUCAGCUGAAGCGCAAGCAGCUGUAGAAAAAGAGUGGCAAAAGAAUUUCGAAGAGUCCAGACAGUCGCGUGUAGAUAGUUGGAAAGCAUUCCAAUCUAAAUCAGGAGCAGCUAAUCAAAAGAAAACGAAAAAAAUGAAAGCCUUUAGACCGCCAAAAACAAAGGCAGAAUCACGGUAAUUAAUAUAUUGUAUCAGUGAAUUAAUUAUUUUAUUACUUUAAAUAUUAGUGAAGUUUAAUACUGAUAGUAAACAAUUUUUU